AUGACCCCAACACUCACAACCCUGCUUUGCCUGGGGACCCUGCCCAAACCCAGGCUCUGGGCUGAGCCAGGACCUGUGAUACCACAGAGGGAACCUGCAACCCUUGGGUAUGAGGGGACCUUGGGAAUCCAGCAAUACCAUCUGCUCAGAGAAGGAAACCCAGCAUUCACAGACACACAGACCUCACCUGAGCCCAGGAACAAGGCCAAGUUCUCCAUCCAGUCCAUGACAGUGCACUAUGCAGGGCGAUAUCACUGUUACUACCAAAUGCCAUCUGGCCAGUCAGAGAACAGUGAACUCGAGUCUACAACAAAACCAGCCAGCCUCUCAUUCCUGACCAGCCCUGUGGUGACCUCAGGAGGGAAUGUGACCCCCUGGUGUGACUCAUCGGUGGGAGUUCACAGGUUUAUUGUGACUAAGAAAGGAGGAGACAAGCUCUCCAGGGACCUGGUUUCACAGCAAGGCCUCAGGGGGCAGGCCAAGGCCCUGUCUCUACACAACCUGACUCUCCAGUGUCACUCUGACCUUGGCUAUGACAGAUUUUCUCUGUCCAAGGAGGAGGCAGGUGACCUCUAGCACCCUGGCCUGCAGCCCCAGGCUGGGCUCUGUCAGGCUGACUUUCCCCUGAGUCCUUGAAGUGGCUCUCAUGGGAGAUGCUACAGAUGCUAUGGUGGACACAGCCUUUCAUCUGAAUGGUCAUCACCUAGUGACUCCCUGGACAUCUUGAUCAUAGGACAGCUCCCUGCCACACCCUCCCUCUUGGUGCAGCCAGGACACAUGGUAUCCUCAGGAGAGAACAUGACUCUUCUGUGUCAGUCAUGGUUUCCAAUGAACACUGUCCUUCUGUCCUAGGAUGGGGCAGCCUAUCCCCCUCUGCAUCUGAGAUCAGAGUCCCAAGCUCAGCAGUCCUGGGCCAAAUUCUCCAUGGCGGCUGGGAACUCAGCCCUCAGGGGGACCUACAGGUGCUAUGGCUCUCAGGACUCAGUUCCAUAUUUGUUGUCACUGCCCAGUAAGCCUUUGGAGCUCAUGGUCUCAGAGAAGGUUACUGAGACUAUUUCUUCUGAACUGAAAGUACACUUAGGGCCCUGCUUCUUUUUUUUAUACUUUUUUUUCUUUUUAUUGGUACUGGGGAUCAAACUCAUGACCACCUGCUUGCAAGGCAGGUGCUUAAAUCCCCAGCCCCAGGGCCCACACCCCCAGGAUCACACAGUGGAGAACUGGGUGCACAUGGGCAUGACUGGCCUGGUCCUGGUGGCCCUCGGGAUUCUGCUAUGCGAGGCUUGGCACAGCCAAAAAAGUCCCCAAGAUGGAGCCAGCAGGUGA